AUGCUUGUUUUGCCUUUUAUCCUGGCCCUAAGUGCAAGCGCCAUCACGCACGCACAUGGCGUCUUGGUCGAACGCUCAGAAAACCACCUCAUCAAAGGGCCCGCUUCCCCAGAUGGCGCCUCUUCAUCCUCUAUGGAGCCAUUGUGGCAUGCGAAGCAACAAGGCGACGGCGUGGUGAAGUUGGACUUUCAUCGAUUGAUCCAGCGUCGAGACACCAGUUCAGCUGAUAGCGGGACCUCAGCAGAAGCUACGAGCAAGGCAACCAAAGAUACCUCCGCGGUUUCUACCACUGAAUAUGAAGCUACGACGACAGCUGAGGCUGACAGUACCACGCUUAAAACAGCUGGUUCUGGGACGGAGGCAUCCACCACCGAAGAAAGCUCCGUGUCAUCAACGACCAGCACCUCAACGUCAACCUCAAGCACAGUAUCAUCGACAAGCACGACCUCGACUUCUACGGAACCCGGCGCAUCAUGCUACAGCACGACAGUCAAGAGCAGCACAAUCUGUGAAACAACAGGACUCACCACAUUGACGUGUUACGCUGCCAAUAUAACCUCGAGCACAUGUUCUCCAGGCCUUCUAUGUGCGACCCAGUCAAGUGACGGCGUUACGAUCUGCAUGGAACUUCAGAAUGAAGUUGGUACAGCCGGUAUCAUCAUCGCUUCUGUUUUCUCGGCACUUAUACUCAUUUGUGCUUGUACCCUCAUGACCAUGUGCUAUAGAGAUAAGAGCAAGCAGAGGAGACAGGAGGAGUUGAGACGGGUGAGAUCGGUGAAGAUUGCUGAGAGGGCUACUUUGCUGCAGUCUGCGCAGUAG